CCGAUGAACAAUAAAUGACGUCACUUGUAUAUAAACAGCCUAUUUUGACAGCACAAACGUUGGAGUGUUUUCAUCAUCGAGUUUCCUAAAAUUACAGACACUGAUAAUGAGGGAAUGUAUCGGUAUCCAUAUUGGCCAAGCCGGAUGCCAGAUUGGCAAUGCAUGCUGGGAGCUGUACUGCUUGGAGCACGGCAUCAAGCGGGAUGGUCUGAUGUCGUCAAAACACCCCAUGGCAGCUGACGACAACUCCUUCAGUACUUUCUUCAUCGAGACUAGAUAUGGAAAGUUCGUCCCGAGGACGGUGUUUGUUGACCUCGAACCAACGGUUAUCGACGAGGUCCGAACUGGCUCCUACAAAAACCUGUUCCACCCCGAGCAGCUGAUCACCGGGAAGGAAGACGCCGCCAACAACUACGCCCGCGGUCAUUACUCAGUCGGCAAGGAGAUCGUUGAACUCGUCCUCGACAGAAUCCGGAAGCUGGCCGACCAGUGCAAUGGUCUCCAGGGAUUCCUCAUCUUCCACAGUUUCGGUGGUGGUACAGGGUCAGGAUUCACCUCCCUUCUCAUGGAGCGCCUGUCGUCUGAUUACGGGAAGAGAUCCAAGAUAGAAUUCGCCGUUUACCCUUCUCCUAGAAUUUCGUCAGCGGUCGUCGAACCAUACAAUUCUAUCUUGACAACUCACGUCACCCUGGAAUAUUCCGAUUGCACUUUCCUCUUUGACAACGAGGCCAUCUAUGACCUGUGCCGUACUAAACUCUAUAUCGAUAAUCCAAGUUUCAUCAACUUAAAUAGACUCAUUGCCCAGAUCGUCAGUGCUAUUACCGCGUCUCUUCGCUUUGAUGGUGCUCUCAAUGUAGACUUGACAGAGUUCCAGACCAACUUGGUGCCGUAUCCUAGAAUCCAUUUCCCUCUAGUAUCCUAUGCCCCAAUAGUUUCUAAAAAUGUAACUAACGAAAAAUACGUGUCAGUGCCUGCUAUUACAAAUCACGCCUUUGAUUCGACAUUCCAGAUGGUAAAGUGUGAUCCCAAGCUGAGUAAGUACAUGGCCUGUUGUAUGUUGUAUCGAGGAGACGUCAACCCAAAGGACAUUAAUAAGGUCAUUCGUCGCAUAAAACAGAACAGAAACGUCCAAUUCGUUGACUGGUGUCCUACAGGGUUCAAAAUUGGAAUAAACUACCAGAAACCCAAAGUAGUACCCAGAGGUGAUUUGGGCCAGGUUCCGCGUGCGCUCUGCAUGUUGUGCAAUACUACUGCCAUAGUCGAAGCUUGGAGUCGCCUAAACCACAAAUUUGACCUGAUGUAUGCCAAGCGUUCUUUUGUGCACUGGUAUGUGGGUGAGGGUAUGGACGAGCAGGAGUUCACCGAGGCUCGGGAAGAUCUGGCUGCUCUGGAGAAGGACUAUGAGGAGGUUUGUGUGGAAUCAGUUGUGGAAAAGAAAUCAAACAAGAAAAGAACGCAAAAGACAAAAUCCAUGGAUAUCUACAAAAAAAUAGACCUUGAUGAUUAUCAGUCGAGGAAACAUAGUGAACCUAAGGAUGUAGGAGGAGAUGUCUAUAGGGAGAAAGUAAGUAGAGACUGGGAUGCAGAACGUGAAAAUAAAGAUGUCAGAAAAGGUAAAGAACGUGGAGAUAUGGUCAGUAAGAAGUCAAAGUUGAAGAAGACUGACUCAGGUAUUAAGAAGGCCAAAGGCAAGUCUCUUAAAACUGUAGGGGUUGACAUGGCGAUUGAGAGUAGCACUGAAAAGUCAUUUGAAAGUGUUGACAUAGGAAUGCAGAAGAGUGUUGAUCCCAGUGUGUUUGGAAGUGAUGAUGGUGCGUCACUUGAAGUAGCAAUUAGCAAAGAGAGUGCAGACAUUCGAUUGAAGAAGAGUGCUGGUCCCAGUGUGUUUGGAAGUGAUGAUAGUGUGUCAACUGGGGUGAUGGAGAGCACAGAAAGUGUAGACAUUGGAUUGAAGAAGAGUGCUGAUCCUAGUGUGUUUGGAAGUGAUGGUAUUGUGUCAACUGAGGUAACAGCUAGCACUGAAAGUGUAGACAUGGGAUUGAAGAAGAGUGUUGAUCCCAGUGUGUUUGGAAGUGAUGAUAGUGUGUCAACUGGGGUGAAGAAGAGCUCAGAGAGUGUAGACAUUCGAAUGAAGAAGAGUGCUGAUCUCAGUGUGUUUGGAAGUGAUUGUAUUGUGUCAACUGAGGUAACAGUUAGCACUGAAAGUGUAGACAUGGGAUUGAAGAAGAGUGUUGAUCCCAGUGUGUUUGGAAGUGAUGAUAGUGUGUCAACUGGGGUGAAGAAGAGCUCAGAGAGUGUAAACAUUGGAUUGAAGAAGAGUGCUGAUCCCAGUGUGUUUGGAAGUGAUGGCAUUGUGUCAACUGAGGUAACAGUUAGCACUGAAAGUGUAGACAUGGGAUUGAAGAAGAGUGUUGAUUCCAGUGUGUCUGGAAGUGAUGAUAGUGUGUCAACUGGGGUGAAGAAGAGCUCAGAGAGUGUAGACAUUGGAUUGAAGAAGAGUGUUGAUCCCAGUGUGUUUGGAAGUGAUGGUAUUGUGUCAACUGAGGUAAUGGUUAGCACAGAGAGUGUAGACACUGACUUGAAGAAGAGUGGUAAGAAAAGUGUAGAUAGCGGAUUGGACCGUAAGAGCAAGACAAAUAAGUCAGAUAAGAAUGUAGACAUUAGAUCAAAGAAGAGUGUUAGUGAUGAAAUUGUGUCAACUAGGGUAGAGAGUCUGGACUCUGCUGACACUGAGAGUGUAGAUAUUGAGAUGAGGAAGUGCGUGGAACCCAGUACGAAAGAGAUUAUAGACACUGGAUUGACUAGGAGUGUAGAAAUAAAUACGGAAAUCGGUGUAAUGGACAGUUUAGGCACUUCGUCAAGUGGGAGUGUAGAUCUUGGAGACAAGAGUGUGAAUCCCAGUGUGGUGGAGAGUUUGGGCGAUAGAUCAACUGGGAGUUUAGACCUCAGACAAAAGAGUGCGAAUCCCAGUGUGGUGGAGAGUUUAGGCACUUCGUCAACUGGAAGUUUAGAUCUGGGGGGUAAGAAAAGUCUGGAUCCCAGUGUGAUGGAGAGUUUAAGUGAUAGAUCAAGUGGAUCGACUAAGAGUGUAGAAAUAAAUAAGGAAAUCAGUGUAAUGCACAGUUCAGGCACUUCGUCAAGUGGGAGUGUAGACCUUGGAGAAACGAGUGUGAAUCCCAGUGUGGUGGAGAGUUUGGGCGAUAGAUCAAGUGGAAGUUUAGACCUUGGAGAAAAGAGUGCAGAUCCCAGUGUGGUGGGGAGUUUAGGCAAUAAAUCAACUGGAAGUAUAGACCUCGGGUAUAAGAAGAGUGUGGAUCUCAGUGUGGAUAUUAGUGUGGCAGAGAGUUUAGGGACAAAGAAGAGUAAGGACUUCAACGUGAACAGGAGUACUGUAGACCACGGGACAAAGAAGAAUAAGGAUCCCAAUGUGAACAAGAGUACUGGGUCAAAGGGACGUGUAAAUGGCCAUGCUAAAGGAAGCAAUAAGGGGAAUGCAGACUUAAAACAGGAGAAGAAGAAUAAUGAGGACCCCGGAGUCAAGGUCACUAAGGACUCCAGUGCAAGGGCCAAAAAGAACUUGGGGAGAACGGGAAAUCCAAUGCAUGGAGAUCCAAGUGGGAAGGGGAACACAGAUUCCGAAGCAGAGGCAAACACAGACCUUGAAGCAGAAGUGAAUAUAGACUUUGAUGAAGAGGAGAGCAUGGACUUUGACAUGAAGAAAAAUAAAGUCUUUGGAGGGAAGAUUGGAUAUCAUGAGAUGAAGAAAUAGGUUUAGUCCACAGAGAUGAUAACAAAAAAAACCAAAGUAGAGAAGACCAAGUAUUAGAACGCUUGUAGACAGUUCUUAAGUUUAAAUUUUUAAUAAAAAUUAUUAUUUCUGCA